AUAUGUAGAAAAAUAACACACCAAACACUACGCAGACGUGUUCUAUCAUUAUGAAAUCGAUCGCAUUUGUAAUACCGUUUAUAUUGACGAGUGCAUUCGCCGUCGGAUUGCCAGAGAUAUAUUCCCGCAGUGUUGGCUCUUCUUGUCCCGUGUAUCGUGACGUCACCAUAGAUUACCGCACUGCUAUCUACGAGUUCGCUACCGAGACGUACAGGGAUGUCGCUACUCGUAGUUUGUACCAUUUUAUAUUCUCCCCUCUGUCGGUGUGGAUAAUACUCGCGGCGGUGGCGGAGGGCGCGGACCCUUACACAAAGCAACAGCUGUUCCGGCUCCUGAGGCUCCCGAACGACCCCUGCGUGCGUCUAAAGUACUACCAAUUAGCUACAAGUCGAUACCUCCCCGGGUACGAUGUCAGUAUUGUAUCGACGCGCUCCUUGGUCGUGGAUCAAAGCGUCGUUGUAAACCCAUACUGGCACGACUUCGUCUCAAAGAACAAUCUCAUCGAUGUAGUGUCAGUUCCAUUUCGCUACGAUCCCGAGGGAUCGCUUAACGCAAUUAGGUAUCUUUCCUCCGUGUCAAGUUUGUCGAAUCUUGACUUGAGUGGCAACUCGGUUUUUGUUGACGUGAUGGACUAUAAUGGAUUGUGGUCGACAGCGUUUUCUGACGCAGUUAUACAGCGCUCGCCGUUUUAUGAUUUUUCGGGACAAAAAGUUGGUUCCGUUGAUAUGAUGAGGGUGACGCGACCUGCGAAAAUGGCGUACCUUGCUAGUAUUAAUGCUAAAGUGUUGGAGCUCCCGAUUGGUGUGGACAAUAGGUACCGCAUGCUAUUUGGUUUGAUCCUCGACAGCAAUGACUUAGGUGCCAAGAUUCAGUCGAUCAGAAGUACAGUAAUUCUGGAGUAUAUGAGUUCUUCCCAAGAGAGUUACGGGCCUGUCGACAUCGUUAUCCCGAGGUUCAAGAUGACCUCCGAGAUAAACAUCAGGCAGAUACUGGAGAACUUAGGAGUCAACAGUCUCUGGACGGAUCCGACUGUGACCGGGGAGAUUUCGAAUCCCGCGGCGUUGCCGAGUGGGUUCUUGCAGCGUUCUACAAUUACCCUGGACAACCAAGGAGUGAAGCCUUCGCCAUUGUUCAGGGAAGCUCCGUACAACCGAACUACGGGAUUGGAAGAAGUGCUAGGAAGGGAGUUUGUUGCAAACCAGCCAUUCUUGUAUGCAGUUUUCGAUACAGAAACGUACACCUGUCUUAUGACUGCCCUUUAUAGUCAACCUACAUACAUAUGUACAAUACAUGGUAUCAACUACCUAUAUAAGAACCAACCAUACGCAUCAAAGUCAGUUCAUUUUGAUCUGCUAUUCAGGUGCGUUGCUACAAUGAUAGCAAUUAUUUUGGGAUUCUUUAUACUAACAUGUUCGGCUUCGAAGCGAGAUGUAGUGAGUUUGUACGGGUCCUUAGAUACGCUUCGUACAGACUUAGGAGCGUGCUCUAACUACCCAGAUGUGGCCGACGGCUACCGUGACGCUAUGUACAAUUUCACCAUCGAAAUUUACAAGCGAGUGGCACCGCGAGGGACCUACCAGUUUGUGGUGUCGCCCCACUCUUUGUGGAUGACAGUAGCCGCAAUGGCCGAAGGAGCAAACCAUGAGACUCAACAGGAAUUGUUUAAAGUUCUACAUCUUCCUAAUGACGCGUGUGUUCGUCAGAAAUACUACCAACUCGCAGCGAGCCGAUUUUCUUUCUCAUCGGAUGCCACUGUAGUCAGCAAGCGAGCGCUCGUAAUCGAUCACGGUGUCACUCCUAAUCCGGCGUGGCACAACUUUGUAACAAAAAAUUCACUGAUCGAAGUGGUGUCAGCGCCCAUACGAUACAAUCCGGUCGCCGCAGCGAGCACCAUCAGACAGGCUGUGUAUUCUAACAGUAUACCUCUCAACCUGCAAGGCAAUUCAGUUCUUAUUGACACUAUGGAUUACAAUGGACUUUGGAAUACAGCGUUUGUUGACGCCGUGGUCCAGCGCGCACCGUUCCAUAGUAUAUCGGGAAAACGUAUUGGUACUGUUGAUAUGAUGACAGUGAAGCGACGCUGUAAGAUAGGUUACGUGCCUUCGAUAUCAGCGAAGAUCUUAGAGUUGCCUAUAGGCACAAACAGUCAGUACAGUAUGGUGAUUGCUCUCGUCGUUGGAAAUACAGAUGUUCGUCCUGUUAUUAGAGAGUUCAAGAGUUCGAUCGUCACAGAUGCGUUAUCUUCUUUGAGAGAUAGCUACGUACCGAUAGACAUUGCACUGCCGCAGUUCACCUUGAACUCCGAGGUAGAUGUGAGAGUCAUUCUGGAAGAUCUAGGAAUCACAACUCUGUGGACAGAUCCAGAUGCCACCAGGUACAUUUCGACCCCACCGGCCUUGCCAAGCAGUUACGUGCAGCGAGCUACACUUACUCUAAACAAACAUGGAGUGAAUCCCCCUUUAAUCCAGGAACUUCGGUCUCCCGGAUACCCUAAGACUCCCGAGGAAUCCUUCUGGAAUGAGUUCAUAGCUGACCGACCCUUUAUGUUUGGGUUGUUUGAUACUGAGACUUAUACCUUGCUUAUGGCCAAUAUGUAUUCACAACCAACUUACCCUGAUUUUUAAUAAAAUAUCUUUGUUAUAACAUACCGAGCUGUAUCUCAAGAAACUAGUUCCUUUGUAAAACUGCAUUAAAGGAGUAUAUUUGGUUUCUUUUA